AAUUAUAAUCAAUUCAUUACAUAUCGUCGCGCUAACGCUUGCGCUAGCCACACAUUGUUCUUGCAAUCAUUGUAGCUAACGUGCGUGUACUAUUGUGUAGUUUCAAGUUUUUGGAGUGUUAAUUUUUAACGUGUUGUGAUUUUUUUAUCCAUCCUGCAUCCAAGAGGAGGAAUGCCAAGUGACUGUCGAGACUGUUUGGGUAUUCGUCAUCGGAUCAGCAGCCUGCACCAGACCUGGAAGUGGCUGCAUCAAACCAUCGCCCUUCACGAGUACCUGAUCUCCCUCUCUUCGGCGGACACCGACGCCUGUUCUAAGCAGUAA